AUGACAACAACGACAAGUGCACUUCUACCCUCUUCGGUUGUGACUCCACAAAGUUGUGAAUCUUCUCCAUUUUCUCCAAGAGUUUCAUUUCAACGUUUAACCGUUGGAUCCUUAAUCGAUCAUGAACAAAAUUCUGAAGAAAAUUUUCAUCUUUCCAAUCUUGUUGUCGCUGCUGAUCAACAACACUAUCAUCGUAUUGAGGAUGAAUUUUCACAAAUUAUGAAUUCUGAAAUUGGACGUGAACUUUUCUUUCAAUUCAUUCAGAAAUCAUCUCAUUCGGAACAAAUUGAAUUUUUACAAGACACCAUUCGAUUGUAUCAAGAUAAUGCAUUGUUAUUGACAACAACGACAAAUGCAAACACAUUUCCCAAUUCAGCUCUGUCACCCGUGUCACCGAGAGGAAGAAGAAAUUCAAAUGUGUCCCAUCCUCAUGACACAAAUUCUGCAACUUCUCCAACCACAAAUACCACAACUGUCAACACGACUCAAAUGUCCUUUUCUCAACCAACACAUUCAUUUGUAUAUUUAUCAUCACCAACUGCAGAGGCCAAUACUUCUUCAUCUUCUCUCAGUAGUGGCAGUGGAACGAAUGAGGACACGAAUUGUUCAUCAACAAGUAGUAGUAUCAACACAGCUAAUUCAUCAUCACCCAUGAUAGGAGGUUUGAAGAAACUUGUCAAAUCCAAGUCACGAGCUAAUAGUGCUUCCUCAGAUCCCAAUGACAAGGCAUUUAUUUCGACAUCGGAAAUUUUAAUGAAAUACAAGCAACAACAAUUGCAAAAUAUUCAACAGUCACUACUGCAACAACAACAGCAACAACAAAAUUCGCCUUCAAAUUCUCAACAUGGAACAUUCCACUCACAUAUUUAUGUUGGAUUUAAUUUAUUACAUGUUGAGAAAUUAAUUGACAAAUACAUUUUGGAACAUUCUCCAAAAGAGUUAAAUUUGAAAAGUGCACAAGUCUCAGAAAUUCCUCAUCAUCUCUAUUGCGACAUGUUUGUGAGCGAAGAUGAAUUUAUUGAAAUUUUUAGAGAUUUAAUUAAUGUUAUUAAUUUACAACUUAAAUUGGAGUGUUUCAGAGAUUUCAGAAAAUCUCCAGAAUAUUUGGAAGCAGUCGUGAGUGAAAGUAGCAACGAUGUGAGCAGUGUGACAGGAAUUUUGAGUAGUCAAAGCAAGUAUCCAAUCGACACGAUUGCAACUCCAAGAAGAUUUUUCAAUCGGAGACGACUUUCAGAGAAUGAUCUUUCACAUUUAAGGAAUAAUUCGACUGAAUUUAAUGGACAUGCCUUGUUACUUUCUCCGAGAAGAGAUUCCACAUCAGGUGGUUAUUAUUCUUGGCUGCAACCCAAGUCCAAUGCUCGAUCCUUGUUGAGAAAUAUGAAAAAUCCACUCGAAUUAUUUAUGGUGUUGCACCAUCGGUGA